AUGGUGUAUGUCCUUCUAAGAAGUCGGACAGAAGAAACUUACAUCACAUUAUUUAACAUUGUACGUCAAAUUUUACCUCUUAACUAUAAUUUAAUUCGGUUUGUUACAGAUUUUGAAAGAGGACUCAUGAAUGCAGUUCAACAAGUAUUUCCAGAAAGCAGAUUGGGGUGUUGCUGGUUUCAUUACACCCAAACGAUAGUACGAUAUUGUCAUCGUAAAUCGAAUGGUGUUUUGGAUCUAGUCAAGAGAAGUCCUGAAGCAGCUCGUGUUUUCAGAAUGGUUCUUGCACUGCCUCAUCUCCCUGCUGUAAGGGGUCAUCCUCUAUGUCCUCGGUUUUGUAUGUAUGAUGGUUUCAGGGCCAUCAUGCAGUAUGUUCAACAAUUUCCUGAAGUUGAACAGGGAAUGAGAAAUUUUUUAAUUGGAUAUAUUGAACAUUAUUGGUUUUUUCAGGUUCGUCCAGAGUUUUUCAGUGUUUUUGGAGAAGACUAUCGUACGAACAAUUACUUGGAAUCAUUUCAUUCAACAUUACUGGUGCAAAUGGGACGUCAUCCUAAUGUUUAG